AUGAGCCCCGUUUAUGGUUUAUUAGAACCACGAAAAGAAACUGACGUUCGUCUUACAUUCAAAGGAACCCGUGAAGGAUCAACUCUAGAAAAUGAGAGGUUUACCAUUGUUAUUGCUCUCGCCCCCAACUCGGAACAUAGAAAUGCACGGAAGCUGUGGCAUCUGCACAAAUCGAAAGAUCCAAAUGAUAGAGAAGUCUUGAAAAAGAAAGUCCCCAUAAUAUUCUCUGCUGAACAAAGUACAAGCAAAGGUCAAGAUGAGACUCUAAUUACUGCUCCUCCGAUAAUAGAAGAUCCUGAAGAUGAUUUUAUACGAGCACCUAAAGCGCGCAUAAGAAGAAUGUCGAGAGGAUCUGUGGAUGACGAUGUUGCCUACACCCAGAGAUCGAAUAUAGGAGCUCCAGGCCCAAUGAAAGCAGUCAAGACUAACGUGGGAGAAGAAGUAGACGAGAAAUCCGUCAGUGGAGAGGAAUCACGCAGCCUAACAUUAUCCCGGUCAUCAACCCGAAGGGAACGACAUAAAGCUAAACAACCAAAUGCAAAAGAGACAAGACGAUCAUGCUCUGUCGUACAAAAAAGUGAGGCUCACAACAUUCUUGAUGGACUGUUCUACUUCUUAAAUAGCUUCGCUUAA